AUGAACAUCAACUUGACCGAACCUUUUCGCUGGUUACCCGACAGCACUAACGAAGAAAAUGAAAUUCGAGGAAUAUUCUUCCAUCAUUGGGAGAAACUGAGAGAUCGCUUUCUAGAAACCGUUAACGAGAUCAAUAAAUGGCGUCAGAAAACCAUUGAUGAUGUGAAUAAGUAUGCAGAUGAGCAAAUCCGUAUUCUAGCAGAGGAUUGUCAACGUCAACGACUCACUCUUGAUGAAAAACGUGAAGAAAAUAUUGACACAACACGUGCUUGUUAUGCUGCACGAAACAUCGAAUUAUUUCAAGAACUACGCAAUGAAUGUCAAUUAUUAGAGUUUCAAGUAGCACAGCUUGAGUUUGUUACUGGUGAAAUGCAAGGUCUUAAAGUUAUAACUGUGUUCGAACAAAUGGAAAGAAAGAAAAAGGAAAAAAUUAAUACACCUAAGCCUGAAACUGACAAACUUGGAGAAAAGCCGAUAAUUGAACACGUCAAUCAUAUAAAAGACAAUCACGGUGAAAAUAGAGAUUUAUAUAUUGAAUCUGCAUCAUCAAUUUCAAAUCAGACAGUUCCGCAUUUAUUGCCGGUUGAAUCUUCAAAUGAUGAUAGUCGAUCAAUCAAUAAUAGCAACAAUUCAAAAGGACGCAAUUUGAAUGAUAAGGAUGAAAUCAAUAAAUGUCCUAUAUGCCUUAUGAUAUUUCCAUUGAAAAUGACACAUGAUGAUCGUUCUCAACAUGUCAAUGAACACUAA